AUGAAAUCCGCCGCCGCCGCCGCCGCCGCCGCAUCAUCCCCAGGCCCCAACAACACGACCACGUGGUGCCUCAUGGGCUGGGGCCACUCCGGAAGGCGCGCGAGCCGCGAGCUCGCCGUGGCCUCCACUCCCGCGGAGCCACCGCACGUGCUCGUCGUGCUCCCCUGCCGCUGGGCAUUCUCGGUCGUCGCAACCGGUCCCAGCAUCAGCAAGGCGGAGCUGCUCGAGUUCUGGGACCAAAUCUCCGACACCAGCUUUGACGGCCGGCUGCAGACGUUCUUCGACAUGGUGGACAAGGACGCCGACGGAAGGAUCACCGAGGAGGAGGUCAAAGAGAUCAUCACGCUGAGCGCGUCGGCGAACAAGCUAUCGAAGAUCACGGAUCAGGCGGAGGAGUACGCCCGGCUGAUCAUGGAGGAACCUGGGCUACAUCAAGCUGUACAACCUGGAGAUGCUGCUCCUGCAGGCGCCGAGCCAGUAGGUGCGCAUCGGCACCACCAACAGCCGGUACUACUAUUGGUUCGGGCCAGUGGCCGGCCCGACACGUUCAGGCCCACCGGGUGAACGGGCCGGCCCGGCACGAUUUUUUCCUGUGCGUGCCGGGUUUGGGCAUGUCUCUAGGCACGUGGGCCAGCACGACCCGGCCCGAAGCAUCAAUGGGCCGUGCCUGGCCCGACCCUAUUCGUACCGGGCCGAAACGGGUUCGGGCCGGGUCCGUACCGGGUGGCCCGUUUGGACAUCUAUACACUCUACCGACUGAGCUAGACAUACUUUGCUGUUACAUAUCCGAGCUCGGCGCCAUAGAUCUUGGCGCCGAGCUCGGUACCACGUUGACGCCACGUCGUUCAGGUUGGGCCAGCGUAGCACGCACCUCGGCGCCAUAGCCUAUGGCGCCGAGCUGUGUUACCUCGGCGCCAUUGGCUAUGGCGCCGAGCAAAGGGUCCAAAAAUGACAUUAAAAUUUUCUAAGGUCCAAACGUGAAUUUUUUUCCGAGGAAGGGCUAAAAUAUAAAAAAUUCGGGCAUAAGGCUGGGUGGUACGUACAAUACUGGCCGCGGUACUACGUGCGAAGAACGGAAGAAGACGAGAGCUCUUUUGAAACCAGAAAACUUGUGGAAAACGAAACAGCUGCGGUGAACCCGGUUUUGGUUUUGGCACAGGAUGACGCCGUGCUGGCCGCUGGGGACCAGGACGGCAGGAUUGGCUAGGGUCUGCGACUGCGAGCACACGUCUGCCGUCUGCGCCUUGCUAAACUGUGCCACCUUCGGCUGCGGGCUGCGCGGCUGCUGAGCUCUGCUCAAGUUAACGUGGAGUAGAACCGUAGAAGCCGCAGAUAAAAUAGUCCCUUGCAAUUGAGGAUUUGUCAGAGAGACAACAGCGAGAGACCUAUGUUCUAGAGCUAUGCAGGGAGGGUUCUGCACUUCUGCUAUACUGUAGGAGUAGAUAAAGCUGGAUAUGGUAAAAAAAAAAAAAAUCUGCCUGAGACUUGAGUUCCCGUCAACUUGCAGGGUCAAUCGGUCAUGAACACUUUAGCAGAGGAUAGGCAUUGGUAUUUCCGUUUUCCCAAAGUUAUCUGUCGAUGGAAGAAACGUCAAAGUUGAACAUGCCGACCGCGAGCUCGCUAUCACCUUUGUGUUCGUCGUCAUCUUCUUCUUAAUUUCACUUCGGAAGAAUUAAUUAUCUGGAUCCUUUUUUUCCCGAGGGCUUGUUCGGUUAGCUCUCAAUCCACAUAGAUUAAGUGAGAUUGGAUAGUUUAAAUUCCAAGCAAGUCAAACUUUUUCUUAAUUUUUUUUAAUCUCAUCUAAUUCAUGUGUAUGUGAAUAACCGAACAAGGACUAACAAAUAUAGCAUGAAGCCGUUUCAUGUACACAGCGCAUCCGCAUGUGUAGCAUCGGUGUUCCUUCUCACGCGUACGUGUUCCCAAAUCAGGGCCGGUCCUGGAGGGGGGCAAGUGGAGCGGUCGCACCGGGCCCCCGAUUUUAGAAGGGCCCCCAAGUAGUGUACAUAUAUAUAGUCUUAUAUGUUGGGUCCGGUCUGUUAAAGUAUAAUACACCUAUUUUUUAAUUAUCUAACUAACUAAAACUGCAUCUGUAACUCGAGAGAGUAUAUUUGGGUUUUUAUUGAGCUCGACAACAUUGAAGACGUUAAAUGAUACUAAACUAGAAGCAUGUUGCAGUGAAUUCGCAAAAACAUUCUCUUCGCAAGACAGUUCUGACAUUGAGGUAAAUGAUCUACUAUUUGAGUUGAAGGUUAUGAAGUUAAGUUUGCCUGAAAGACCAAUGUCUUCUAUGGAGAUUUUUGAGUAUGUUCGGCAAAUGGAUUCGUAUCCAAAUAUUUCAAUCACUUAUCGGAUAUUAUAUAUUGUGCCUGUGACUGUGGCAUCGG